UGGUUUCUUUGGAUAUCAACAAUUUUAUUCAACAAAUUGAAUAUGCGGAAUCAAAACCCGUAGAGUUAUCUGAAGAACCAACACUAUUACAGAAUACAUUAUCUGAAUCAAUACCCAUAUCAUCUUUGAAUUUUGAAAAUGAGAUUAUUUUUUGUUUAUAUUGA